AUGCAUAGCCGAGGGACUGCCGACAACGACCUUCGCGUUUUGAAGGAGUUCAAGCGUGCGGGUAUCACCCCCGAAAAAGCGCUAACUGAGUAUCAGGUCGCCAUUCCGUACGAACAGUUCCCCAUCAGGGGAGGAAAAGACGGCCUCCAGGCUCCUCGCGCGACCGUAAUCGACAUGGGCGCAGCCUGGCACCACUCUUGGGACCUGGUACACAAGACGCUGAUUCCCGUCAGUUAUAAGGCGCCAGAGUGCAUCAUACACCAGUACGGAUGCACGAGCAUGGAAAGUGACAUAUGGGCGCUGGGCUGCUCCAUGGUCAAGAUAUACAUGGGGCGUACUGCCUUCCGAGACAACACCUGGAAUUCGGUCCUCAGACGCCCCGAUACCGACGUGCUGGCCGAGAUGGAAUUCUUCCUUGGCCCUAUCCCCGCACCAUAUCGAAAUGCGUGGAAGCAGCUGCAUAAAGGGAAAAAUACCGUGUUUCCGUCUAAUCCGGCGCAUGUUGGAUUCCUUAGGUACAAGGAGCUAAGGGACUGGAGGAAAGAGCAUAGGCGAGACGGGGCAUGGAGCCCGCUCCAUCUGGAGGUGAUGGGGAGCGGAUUGCCGAAGGAGAAGGUGGACAUGUUUCUGGAUCUCUUGGAAAGUAUCUUCAAGUGGUUCCCUGAACAAAGGAUGACACUUGAAGAGAUCUUGAGGCAUCCUUUUCUGCAAGUGUCUGGUGCGGGCCCAGAGCAAGUCUCGAGAUGA